AUGACGACGACGAGGGCGUGGUGCGCGUACCCGAACCAUCUCGCGCGAGAUCCCUCGAGCACGCUGGAAGACAUCGAGCGCGUGCGCGUGGGUGAGCGAACGACCGAGGUGGAGGUGCGAAGACUCACGGUGCCGAGAUGCGUCGCGCGCUUUGACGAGGACGAACGCGAUGAUGUGAGAGACGUGGACGUCGACGCGACGGCGGACGAUCUGUGUGAGGUCGAUAUCGUCAUCGACGUCGAUCGAGGGACGAUCGCGAGCGUGCGAAGGGCGUCGAGAGAGGACAGAGGGGAGCUCAUCGCAACCGACGAGACGAGACUUAUCGUAAACGCAGAGGGGCGGAUGUGCCUGCCGACGUUCGCGGACGUGCACACGCACAUCGAUAAGGCUCACACGUGUGAGAGAAGUAGAAAUAUCAACGGCACGCUCGCGGGGGCGGACGCGGCGUGCGCGAACGAUUUCAAGUAUUGGACGGUGGAGGACGCAAAGAGGCGGAUGAAUUUCGCAUUGCGAUGCGCGUACGCGUACGGGACGUCCGCGCUGAGAACGCACUUAAUGUCGGGGGAAGAUGCGCAGAGUAAAAUUGCAUGGGAUGCGUUCGUAAGCUUGCGGGAUGAGUGGAAGGGAAAGCUCGAGCUUCAGGGCGUGAGUCUCUCCGUGCUGAGCUUUUUUCGGGAUAAAACAAAAGCCCGUUCUUUGGCUCAGAUGGUCAAGUCGCGCGGAGGCGUGCUCGGCGCCGCUGUCUCGUGCAGCGACGCUGGAGGAACACCAUUGGAUCCCCUCACGACGUGUGGAGAAGAUAUGCCCGAGUUGUUGGACGUCGUUUUCUCUCUGGCGAAGGAGUUUGAUCUGGACAUUGACUUCCACUGCGACGAGAACGGUAACGAGUCCUCAAAAGGGUUGUUGUACAUCUCCGAAGCCGUGAUUCGUAACAAAUUCGAGGGCUCCGUCGUGUGCGGACACUGUUGCUCUCUCGCUGCUCAACCGAACGAAGAGGCCAAGCGCAUCAUCAACGCUGCUCGCGAGGCUGGUGUCACGGUCGUCUCUCUGCCGACUGUGAACCAAUGGCUACAGGAUCGCGAUCCAAAGGGCGAAGCGACACCGACUCGGAGAGGAGUCACUCGAGUCAAAGAGCUGGCGAGUGCUGGUGUUCCCGUGUGCUUUUCCAGCGACAACACAAGAGAUCAAUUCUUUGAAUAUGGUGACUGUGACAUGCUCGAAGUUUUUCGAUCGAGCGUGUGCAUCGCUCAUCUUGAUCGACCCUUUGGAUCAUGGCCACUAGCAUUCGCGGCGAUUCCGGCGCGAGCCAUGGGGAUGAACGAAAAAAGCGGUCUUAUCGUCCGCGGAGCAAAGGCAGAUCUCAUUUUCUUCCGCGCUCGCAACUAUAGUGAGCUGUUCAGCCGCUCUCAACACGAUCGCGUCGUCAUUCGCGAUGCAUUCCGUAUUUGUACUACUCUUCCAGAUUACGAAGAACUUGAUCAAAGCUAA